CCGCCCACCCCCCCGUCACUGUGCUCGUCUUCAUUCAUUCACACCUCGGCUACGACACAAAAGUACAUGGAAACAAACCUGUACGAGAUUGAACCAGGUCCGCUGGGGGUGUACGUUGUGCUCAUGUUCGUGUCGUGUUGCUUGCCCGUGGCCAUUGGGGUGUUCGUCAGGCGCCGUCAGUUCCCGACUAUCCGGUACGCUAACCCCCGCCAGACGGCGUUUUGCAGCUCCAUGGCGGCGGUGCUGUCGCUCGGGGGAUCGUGCAUGCUGCUGAACCAACACGCUGUCGCAUGCGGCACGUUCAACGCGUUCCUAUUUGUGUUUGUGGUUGUGACACUGUUUGGUCUCGCGCUCAACCAGCUCACGCUCGUGCUCACGUUCAACCUGACGCAGCACCUCGUGAACCACCACGCCGACACGUCAGAUCAGAACAAAGCCAAGUCGGUGGUCCGCAUCAUGCGGCUGCGGCGGCUGCUGCAGCCAAGGGCGAUCGUGGUCAAAUGGAUGGUCGGGACGUUGCUGUGGCUCCUCCCGCCCGUCGCCAUCUUGGACCACGCCAGUGUCGCACACAUGCAGUCGCUCAGCGUCGCUGAUUGCAUCGAGAUACCCCUGAACGUUGCCAUGAACUUUGUACUCCUAGCGCUUGUCGGAGUCUUCAUCGCGUCCUUCGGCAUCCUCGCCCACUACCUGUCGAAAGUGAUCGACAACUUUGGUUUACGCCGGCGGUAUCAAACGAUGGGACGGCUGCUUGCCGUGCUGUUUGUGCUUGAAGCCAUCGCGAUCGAGUACAGGGAAACGUAUUGGGUAGCUACAUACAAGCUCCGGUACGUGAUUUUCCCCAUCGCAGGGUUUGUGGUCGUGGGGUGCCAAGUCGUGUGGCCGCUGGUGCACUCGCGCCACGAGCUGCCAGUGCACUUUACAGUAGCCGAAGGCCAUGGCAGCAAGCUGGCCGUGCUCGAAGACUACUUGGCCACGCCGGACGGGUACUUGAUGUUUUCGGCAUUUGCGCGCAUCGAGUUCAGCUUUGAAAAUGUUGUGGCGUGGAAAGCUGCGUUUGAGUUUCGACUGCACGGAGGGGGGGACGCAUAUGCGAUCUACAAGGCGUACAUGGCGGUAGGGGCCCCCAUGGAAACCAACAUCCCCGACGCCCUGCGCCAGCACUACCACCGGAUUUUCGCCAAAGACCGCAAGGGCAAAGUCGUGCUCGGCCUCGCGUCGGCGAUUGACCAUGACUCGGCCGUGUUUGAUUUGUUUCGAGACGCGAUUUUGAAGCUCAUGGCGCUCGACAAAUUCAAUAGAAGAAAAGUAAAGUGUGCAGCUCUGAAGUAAGUUCAGGACGUGCCAACGCAAUACAAAAACCUCACACUCAAGUACUAACGAUGUACGAGUACGUAGUUCAUAUACCCCACACUCAAGUACUAACGAUGUACGAGUACGUAGUUCAUAUACACGACACUCUGUACUAGAGGAGAUUCUUGGCAUUCGGGGCAUGUAAUAAGGUUCAAAGCUACGUUUUACUAGUAAGUCCAAAUCACGCUCACAGUAUGUAUAUAUAUAUAUAUAUUCGCUUGUCGAUUUUGGUGGCAUGAUUUGAAAGACUCAACGAACUCACUCCACCUAUAUGUAUGUUGUGAUCCUAUUCCCCCGAAUAACGACUUAUUACACGCUCAAUAAUAUAUAUUGUACUACAACUAGUUACAUCACAUGUGUUGGCAGAUUUUUCUACUUUUUUUUGAGAAAAAUGGAAAACUUGGUCGUGUGCUUUUGAAUGCUUGGAAUGUCGUACAGCAAGGACGGGUCUGCGACCAACGCCCUGCGCAACUUGGUCGCAUUUCCCACGCGCACGUCGUACUCAAAGGCCCCGAGGACGGCCACAGCCACGUCAUCCUCGUCGGGCCGGUGGGCCAGCGCCGUGACGUGGCGCAACCUCCGCGCAGGAAACACCUCUUGGACACCUCGAAACUGGCUGUCACGGGAUGCCACUUGCACAUGUGCCUGGUCCCACCGCUUCUUUUGGCUCUGGACAAACACUUUAGUGGACAGCCACAGCGCCUGGUUGAGCCCGAUGGACGGCGCGUACGGCUCGAAGAACGCUUCGUGGAACAACACGGCGGUCUCUGCCAGCCGCACGUUGAGCGAGCGGCUGCCGUGGUCCCGCGGCAAGAUCAAACUCGUUUCAAACACUUGGACGGAUUGUGCGACAAGGGCAAUGUCAAUUGACGCGACCGGCGACCCCACCGCCACGACGUUUUGCGCAAUGUGGCGGAACUGGUCGAAGCGAUGAAUGCUGGCUUGGAUCACGACGGGAAGGGCCCAGUACUCGGCGUGGCUGGCCACGUGCGACGUCAACAGCAGCACGCGAUACAUGUGCUGCACCAAGUCUGUGCGAUACAGUACCUUGGCGACGGGUCCCAUCACGUCAGCGUACACAUGUCGGGGGCACUUAUCCCCGCCCUUAGUGGAAAAAUCACUCAGGACGCCCCACAAUGUGUCCACGAAUGUCUUGACUUUGCCGUCCGCGGGUACCCCCGGCAUGGGCAGCACGUGCGUCGACUUGCUAAACAAUCCGACUUGGAACUCGACGGUCGUGGGGAGGUGGUUCUUGACCAAGUCCGCCAGUAGAAACGUCUCGUACGAGAGCACUGUGUGGCAGUACCGACAGUGCAGCAUCUUGCCCCCUACGUGUAUGUCAAUUGUUUGCUUUAAGUGCAAACUGGUCUCGCACACGGGGCAUUCUGUGAUGGACACUUGAAACGCCGUGGUCGCGUACUCCAAGUCAGGGUACGCCUCGAGCACCAAGGCCACGAGCGGGGACAAAGUGGAUUGGUCAGCCAUGUAGUCGGCUUCGAGCUGGAGCACGGCCUUGUACAGCGCUUCCUUGGACGUGGCCACCGCGCUCAUGUCAUUGUAGAUCGCGACGAGGCGUCGGAUGUGCGCUUGGACCUGGGCCACGGUGGCCGUCGACGGCGUCGGCACCACCGGUCGCUUCUUGGGCGAUACGUUCGCGCCUUCGACGAUGGUUUUGGCCACGUCUACCAACUCGUCCAAGACAGAAGACGAGGUAGGAAACGUCCAGUGUUCGGAUGUUUGGGACGCGCCGAACGCGGCCACGAGCUUCUGGAUGGCCGUGGCGCUGGGACAAUGAAGUUCCAGCAGCUCCACGCCGCCGUUGCCACUCAACACGUAGGUAGAUUGACCCCCCGACGAACGAGCCAAGGUGCUAGAUGGCGUGGCGAGCGAUAGAAGCGACUUGUCGUGGUGGAACACGGUCAGCGUCUGCCCCACCAGCGCCACCUGGCACCACUGCCACGACGAUUUCUUGGAGAACAACUUGCCCAUCGCGUUGGUUGAGGGUCGCACCCACCAGUCCACGCGGUACGACGGCCGAUCAUCCACGAGCGCAGCGAUGGGAAUCUCUCGGUGGUCCAUGCUCGGACGGACGGCGGUGGCUUCGACAACGGCGAUGGCUGCAAAAGCAGCAGGAGCGACAGCUGUGGCCAUCGCAAGUCGGAUGCAAAUCAACACUGAUGAACUGCGCUGACUUCACUGAUAUCUGAUCCGUGGGUAGUUGGUCAAAAUAGCCAAGUGCUUGGCCGCCAGAAAAGUGGUGACUUUCGCUGAGGACGAGACCCUGCCGCGGAUAUUGUAUCUGUACAAAUGUGCGAAUCAUGAUAGCCAACAAACCUUUUUACAUCUGAAAUAACGUUAUGAACGGCUUCGAAGUAAGAGCUUGCUUAGAGCAUCUCCACAG